UAUUCGCGCCUUUGGAGUUCAAUCGCAUCCGACGGAUAGCAAGCUUGCGUAAAGACCACCGCGUGACUGGCCACCGAGUCGUUGUUUUGUUUUGGUGUUAUCGAAGGCGACGGUUUGUUAUUUCGCGGUUUGAUGUCUAUGCCUGGGUUGGGAAACUGAGACAAGCCAAUUUCAAAAUUGACUUUGACGACGUCGUACCCCGCAUGAUGAGUAUGAAAGAGGAUGACCUCCUUGCUGAUGACGAUGGUGGUCUCUGUCUAAAGGAUGAUUACGAUGAUGACGCCUUAUUGGACGGGGAAGAUGAUUUAUUAGGGCCAGACCCAUCGGAAGCAGGCCCGCCGUCACAGGCUAAAGAGCCGCCUCCGCCAGCACAGGUCCCAGUAGCCUUGGUUGCACCCGCGAAAAGUGUUCGGGUCGAAACUGUAGUACGAGAGGAACCGCUAAAGAAAGCAGUCGGCAAUGAGCCUGCAAAACCCGAGCUUGCUCCCCAACCUAUGGAAACCCCAGUGGUUAAUUCUGCCGAGGAGAAGCCUAAGGAAAAGGAAAAACCUACAAAAGAGCUGAAUUCAUCCAACGAAGAAGCAAAUGAGUCUGAAUCUGAUGAUGAGACACAGUUAAAGGUGAUUGUUCAUCAGCAUCGUGUCAGAGAGCAAGUCCGUGAUGAGGAUGACGACGAAGAACAGCCAAGGGGUAGGAGCAGCCGGUUUCAACAAGAGCGCGUUAUAUCAACUCGCGGUGGUAAAUUGCGUCAGGGUAUACCGGAUAGUUUGGAAAGUGUUGAAAUACCCACGAUUGGUGGGCAUCACCAUAGUCGCCAUCAACAGCAUCACCAGCAGCAACAGCACAGUCAGAGUGGUAUAAAUCAAUCGAAUCAGUUCCAACCGCGUGGCGGGCUUCGAGGUCGCGGAGGACGGUUCCGACACGACAGGCCACGGCCGUACGGCGAUAGUCCCAGAGGACGUGCCGGUAUUCGAGCCCCUUCAGAACAUCAUCCUCGGCCGCGACACCAAGGACCAUUGCUGCGGUUUCCGCCAAAUGUUCAGCCUAAUAAUACCAGUCCGACGUCAAAUCGUGGCGGGGCAAAUCCUGCCGGUUCAGGGGUCCAUGGCGGUCAUGGAGGUCAUCCUGGUAGCAACAGUUCGCACCACCAACAGCUUGCUCCACCUCCGGUGCCGCCCAAUUUGAAUUUGCCACCACCAGGAUUUCCACCUCCGGGUCUACCACUUCCGCCUCCGCCUCUUAACGGGCCUCCACCACCAUUGCCUCCGCUUGGGGGACCACCGUUACAGUUUCCUCCGCCUCCGUUGUUACCACCACCGCCAAUAUCGCUGCCUCCGCCAGCGUUUCCACCAAACGCACCCCCGCCGCCGGUUCCUCCGCUCGCUUCUAUGUUCACCAAUCUCCCACCGCCCCUGCCGCCGCCUAACCUUAGCGUUCCGCCACCCCCGAUUGGCGGACAUCCUGCGACAAUUUUGCCUGCUGCCAAUAAGCCUGGUCAAAAAAUCUACGUUAAUAAAAAUUUCCGCCCUCCCCCAACGUCUGCACCAGAAGUAACAGGAUAUACCAGAUUUGACACCAGCAUCCCACCUCCACCAAUCACUUCCACGGGGCAUCUGACUGGAGGAUAUCGGGAACGGAGUCGUUCUCCUGUAUAUCGCAGUCCCCCGCGGUACCGCAGCCCGCCACCGCGAGAUCGCGAAAUUACACGGUCUCGAGAUCGUAGAGAUCGGUCCAGAUCCCGAUCUAGAGACAGGGACGAUAAUUGGGCAUCACGUGAUCGCGACCGAGAUUACCAUAGGGAUUCUCGCAUACGUGACCGGUUGGACAGUCGAGUGGACCAUCGCUACCGAGAAUGCAGGGAGUUAAGCCGGGUUGAACACGGCGGAUCAAGGGAUAAGCGUGACGUUAGACAACGAAGUCCACCGCCCAGCAAGGAACCUAGCAGGCCUCUUGAUGAGUUUGAGCUGAAGCUGCUUGAGCAAAAGAAAGAACGUGAGCGAGUGCUGAAGAUGAAAGAAGAACGUCGAAGGCAAGCUGUUAGAGAAAGGCUGAGCAAACAACAACAGUCAGGGACAGACAAGGGACAGGGACAGCCCGGCCUUAACGGACGACCCCAAAAGUUAGCAGCCGGGACUGCUACUGUUGCAAUAGCUGACUCAAAAGAGACAAAGGAAGAAAAGCAGAAGAGACAGGUGAUUCUGACGAAUGUGGAUGAUACCCUGGACGAGCGGAGGCUGGGGGAAGCUUUCAGUAAAUUCGAUGUUGAGAGGAUGCGUAUACUUCGUGAUCGAAAGGCGGCAUUUGUAUUCCUGCGCAAUCCUCGCGAUGCUGAAACCUUCUGCCGACGCAAUCCUGAAUUUUCCGUUGGUCCUCACGUGCUCAAAGUGAGCUACGCGGUUGAGCUCGCUAAGAAACGUAACGACGCGCGGUAGGCAAACUAGACAAGGCAUCUCAUAAUAAAUAGCUACAAUAUAGUUGGACCACUUAACCGGCAUCUGUGGAUUCGUGCGAAUGUGUGAGAAUGAUUUAAGAGGUAUUUCACUUCGGACCAUCCUCUUUGUCUCCAUAGCAUACACUAGCUUGAAUUAAGCAUUGACAGAAGACCAGCAGAACCCAACAACUUAUAAGGCGAAAACGAAAACGUUAAAUUCGUUAAUGACGCGCGGCGGCACCCUUCGGUAAGCCGCAAUACUGGGCGACCUUCUGCGUACUACACGGCGUAUUCACGAUUAGUGGGUGUAAUAAAGACAAGGAUCAUGAUAAGGCCAAGCUGGAAAUUUUCCCGAAACUGACGUUUACAUACAACGACGGGACACCGACUCAACGCAGGCGGAUGCGUACGAUACUAGGUGGAAAAAAUGAAAAUGAAGAAUACGAGGGAACAGAUCAAAUAUGUUCGGCGCUAGGCGGGCAACAAGCGGGGACAAAAUCCGUAACAUCUCGGAAAAUAAAAGAAGUUUUGGAGGGCGAGGUGGCUGACAGGGGCAUUCAUCUGUAACGCAAGGUGAUCUUCAAGCACAGGAGUGCAUGGAAAAGGCCAAGAGAGUUGCCUCCCCACUCAUAUCCGUUAUGGUAGGUUUAUGUUCUACUUAGAUUCCAAAUAAUUCACAUAGAUUUAUAGGUGUUUUAUACACACAAUAAGUAUAUUAAAUAUAUACAUAUGCGUUAAAAUCGCCAUGUUACAAUUCCUGUGUGCUAUCAAUGCUAUGCAAAGGAAAAGAUGGUGAGAAGCAACUAUUCCCAAGUAAGGGACUAACACCAAAAAAUAACACUCAAAACGAUAAUCUGUGUUGAAUAAUCUGAUUUAUUCAGCGAGAGGUAUCGUCUCGCUAAAUUUUUCGUUUCAUUACCGUAAGAAUAGCGGUUAAUUGCCUUGGAGAAGAAAUGGUUCACUGUCCGCUACCCAACAUAAAAACCUGCGAUAGCAGAAAAGGCUGUUCUUAAACAAUUCUAAACAUGAGCUCGUUCAUGUUUGCACUUAGCAUACUUGCUUACAUACCCAUGACUUCAUCAGAUCACCAGUACUGUGAGUUUGUGUAUUAAAUGUACAUAAUCACUAUAAUUUAGAGGGAAUUGUUUAUUGUGCGUGGUUUAUGCUUACACCACAUAAACGUUCCUAUGCAAUCGAGAUUUGAAGUUAAGCCUGCAAAUUAGGCCUCGUACUUUAUUAAUAUUAAGGCUUUAUUAAUAGCAAAAUUAAGCAUAAUGAAUUACGAUCUUUGAAGAUGCUAUAUGACGAACCUGUCAAGAGGCGAGUAAUGUACGAAGCAAGAAAUAGUAAUGGCAACAAAGCAGUGUCAGCUUAUAAUAAAUACUAGCUGCUUCCGAAAACGAAUUAUCUCGUGAGUAUACGUUAACUGGACACAUUGUUAAAUAGCAAAACAUUUCUACGAACGAUGUGUCUGUGUGUGAAGCUUGACAGCUAGAGCACAUUAAGAGUGAUUGUCAUUUUUACGAAUAGCAUUUCGAUUAACUUGUGUUUCGAUACCCAAAAUUUUAAGUCAAAUACGUGACUUGUUUGUUUUCCUUAAAACAUGAGUAUUAAUACAAUUUGCUUUGCGUAAAUUGAACAGUGAACCUAAUUAUACCAAAACUACGGUUUUGUCAUUAUCCUCGAAAAACAGCUCACUGCAUUCAGUUGGACUAAUUGUUGUUAAAUAUAAAUACGCAAUUCGAUUAGAAUUAAAAUGAAUUUAUUGCAAAAGACUGCGUCGGGGCGAAGCUACUCGCUACGAUUGCUUGUUACCGGUCGUUUCUUGGGGGGUGACAAACUGAACGAUAUUAAUUGGUGCCUUCUCAAAAAUCUCACCGCCUUGUAUAUAUAAUAGCAUAUAUGUAUGUAUAAUAUAAGAACGCAUUAUGUCAAUUUUGAUAACGGUUUAUGGCAAAAUGAAACAAUUUAGAUGGAAUGCUAUUGUUCCCACUGUAUAUAUAGCAGUUGUAUAUAUAUACAUAUUUGACAUACUAGUAACUAUGUGGAACUUGUAUAUUGACAAUCGUUUUCUAACCUUUAUGUAGGCGGACAAACGGAACUCUGCUGUACACUGCUUAUGUUAAAUAAACGGCGCGUGAAUGCAAAAAUAAGAUCCCAUUGUUUUUCUUAUUUUAAUACAAUUACAACUAUUUUGAGAAAAAUUUAGUUGAAUCUCCCGAAUCGAACGGAUAGCAUAACGCUUGUCUAAGAACAUCUAACAAAUUUCUUUUACACCCCUUUAGUCGACCCCUGUAGAUAUGUAUAGGCAAUAUAUAUGUA